CUCCAUCACCAUCAAAAAAUCAAGUUCAACAAUCGCAAAGUAAUCAGAUUAGAAGUGACAAUGCGAGACAGCAAUCUAAUAAAGAUAAUCAAUGUGUAAAGCGUCAAUGUAGACAUAUGACAAAUAGUAAAAAAGUGAUACUCAAAAGUAUACUUUCUUUUGAUUCUUUCCCUGAAGACAUAGCUAUCGAAACCUUAAGAGAGCUUCAGGAUUAUA